CUGCAACUGCUGCUCAAACUCGCUGCCACUGCACAUAAAAAGAUAGCCAGCAGGCAGCAGCCAGCAUCGUCGUUCAGUGCGUGCAUCGCGUUGUGUGCAGCAACCCAAGAAGAUGAGCUUGUGGAUCGACAAGUACCGGCCGAAGCAGCUGUCUGCGUUGUCGUAUCACGACGGCAUCACACAACAACUCAAGACAUUGGCGUCGAGCGGGGAUGUGCCACACUUGCUCUUCUACGGCCCUCCAGGCGCAGGAAAGAAAACACGCGUUCAGUGCUUUCUUCGCGAGCUCUAUGGCGCCUCCACAGAUAAGCUGAAAAUCGAACACCGGAGCUUCAAGGCUACACCCAGCAAGACAGUGGACAUUUCAACAAUUGCCAGUGGCUAUCACAUUGAAAUCAACCCCAGCGAUGUGGGCAUUGACGAUUAUCACGUCGUGCGGCUGCUGCUCAAGGAAAUUGCCAGCUCACCACAGCUCGACACCAGCCACCACGCAUUUAAAGUCGUGGUCAUCUCUGAGGCAGACCGCCUGACGCGAAAGGCGCAACAGGCGCUGCGUCGCAUCAUGGAGAAAUACGUCCACAACUGCAGAUAUGUCCUCAUCGGUAACAGCUCAAGCAAGAUUCUGGCACCGAUUCGCAGCCGUUGUCUUGGUCUUCGUGUUGGCGCGCCGUCUGUGGACGAGCUGUCCACGGUGCUCAUUGAUGUUGGCAAGAAGGAGGGGUGCCAGGUCAUGCCGGGCUUUGCUGCAAAGGUCGCGAACGCGAGCAGUCGAAACCUCCGCCGUGCCCUCCUCAUGCUCGAGGCAACAGCUUCCCAAUCGCGUGGGUCGAAGGUGAUGGAGGCGACCAACGACAUUCAGCUGCCAGACUGGGAGAUUUUCCUGCGCGAAACGGCAAAACGGAUCAUCUCCCAGCAGAGCCCGCAACGGCUGCUUGAAGUGCGACAGCGGUUGUAUGAGCUGCUCAGCCACUGCAUCCCUCCAGAUGUCAUCAUCAAGCGGCUGACUGAGGAGCUGAUUGGACACAUUGAUGGGCAGCUGAAGGUGGACGUGAUCGCAUAUGCAGCGGACUUUGAACACAGAUUAACAACGGGCCGGAAACCCAUUUUCCACCUGGAGGCCUUUGUCGCCCGUUUCAUGAGCGUGUACAAGGCAUAUCUCAUGGACCUCAUGUAGUCGACACACACACACACUCACUCACACACCUCCCCUCUGCGUGCUUUCUGGUGGUUGUGUCGUGGUUUGACGUUUCUUCUCCCGAUACAAGAUUGCAUAAUGUCGG